AUGAGUCUCCUCAAGGAGCGGAAGCCCAAGAAGCCGCACUACAUCCCCAGGCCCCCCGGGAAGCCCUUCAAGUACAAGUGCUUCCAAUGCCCCUUCACCUGCAACGAGAAGUCGCACCUGUUCAACCACAUGAAGUACGGGCUCUGCAAAAACUCCAUCACCCUGGUGUCGGAACAGGACCGCGUCCCCAAGUGCCCCAAGUCCAGCUCCUCAGACUCCAAGCAGGCCCACCCGCCCGACCCCACGGCCAAACCCUCCCCCGCCAAGGCCCCCACGGGUGGGCUGGCCCCACUGGACGCCAAGCUCCGGGGUCUGGCCGCGGAUGAGCUCAAGGAGAGCUUGGAGCUGCAGGCGCGGGGGCCCCCCAAGGGCCCGGGGCCCAAGGCCACCCUCCACAGGGACGCGGCAGCCCCGAGCCCGGGCCCCGAGGCCGUCAUGGGCGCCCAGCCUGUCCUGGACAGCACAACCCGGCCGUCAGCGUUUGUUCCUGUGGGUGAGCACAGGCUCAAGGGGCCGGAGCACGCCGAGGGCCCCGAGAUGCUGGCGCUGGCCGGGCCUGCUGCCAAGGCUGCCUCCUUCCACGCCAAGUCGGCGUUCCACACGCCCGGCUACCCCUGGAAGACCGGCGCACCGUUCCUCCCACCUGACUUUCCGCAUAAAGUCUCGUCGGCAAAGGGGUUCGGGGCCAUGUCCCCGUUCCUGCACCCCACCAUCCCAGAGUACCAGCCCCACUUCUACGCUGAGCACGGCCUGGCCACCAUCUACUCGCCCUACCUGCUGGCCGGGAGCCCGCCCGAGUGCGACGCCCCUCUGCUGUCGGUCUACGGGGCCCAGGACCAGAGACACUUCCUACCCCACCCGGGGCCCAUCCCCAAGCACCUGAGCCCGGCGCCGGCCGCGUACGACCACUACCGGCUGCUGCAGCAGUACCACGCCAGCCUGCCCCUCCCCUACGGCUUCUACAGGCCGGACUCGGCCUUCUCCUCCUACGGCCUCCGGCUCCCGGCCGGCACCGGCGUCACACGAGAGCACGGCUCUCAUCUGCUGGAGGAAGCCGCCCUGCUCUACCCGGCCUCCAGCCCGCCCAAGGCAAGCCCUUCCAGCGCCCACAAGAAACACACAGAGUUCGAGAAACAAAGCCCGACCCCUGAGGCGAAAGACCCUUCCAAAGACGGGCCAAGGGCCGCGGAGGGGGCCAAAAUGAGUCCACGCGCCGGCAGCGCGGCCACGGGCUCCCCGGGGAGGCCGAGCCCCACCAACUUCACGCAGACCAGCCAGCCGUGCGCAGGGCCGUGCGGGCUCGCGGACAAGCUGAGCAUCGGCGCCCCGGGGCGGCUCCACCAGCCUGAACACAGCCUCGCUGGCCCCCCCCACGCCCAGGCGCUGGCCGGCAGGGCCGGGUCGCCCACGAGCCUCGAUGCGGCAGGUGCCGACGCGCCCUUCCGGCCGGGCAGCGCCUCUCCGGACGCGGAGGCCGCACCCCCCAGCCCAGAGGACAGCUCCAGGAUGGCCCCGCUGAACCUCUCCAGGAGACCGGAGACGAUGCCUGCGGCGGCACCCGACCCCGGGGCGAAGACCACGGAGCUGCAGGACGUGCCCCUCAACCUCUCCGUGAAGGACCCCUGCAACGCCCGGACCCCACGGCCAUCUUUCCACAGCCCGCCCCGCACCGGGGUGGCGCCAACGACCGAGGCCGGGAGCUCCGGGGAGGCACCUGGGCAGCCCCGGGCAGCAGGCAGCAGCCCCGACGCCGAGGCGGCACCCACCCCAUGCGCCCCCCAGGGGGCCCCGGAAGCGCGGGGGGCGGACAGCAGCGACGAGCAGAAGCAGACAGCGGCCGUGGCCCUCUGCCAGCUGGCGGCCUACAGCCCCGGCAACGCCCGGCCCGGUGACGGGGAGCCCACGGCCCAGGGGCCGGACGUGCCCAGCACCACGGAGCGCCAGGAGGCGCCGAGCGUGCUCAGGGCCAAAGGGCAAAAGAGGACGAGUCCAAGGGAGGCAGGAAAGGCCCAGCAAGGCCCAAAGCGGGCAAAGCCACACGGCACGGCCAGGGUGUUCACCCUGCGGAAGAGGACUCGGGUGUCCUAG